AUGAGUAGCAUCGGAUAUGACCCCUACUAUCCCACCUCGUCGUAUAGACGCUGGUAUGUCGAGGCGCCCCCUCGUGUGGCGACCAGAGGGAGAACCCACUCCGUCUACAGCUCCCAUGCCUCCCCGGUGUCCUCCUCCCGUCUGCAGUACUCCUCUCCCGGCCGGGGGCUGCUCUCCUCCUCCUCAAUGGGAUCGUCCCUGGAGCUGGAGCUCAGCCAGGCGUCCCAGGUCAGCUCUGAUUUUCGUACCGUGCGCACCCAAGAGCGCGGCCAGCUGCAGGAGCUCAACGACCGCUUUGCCGGCUUCAUUGACCGAGUGCGUGACCUGGAGCAGCAGAAUCGUGCUCUGGAGUCAGAGCUGCUGCUGCUGAGGCAGAGGCACUCUGAGCCGUCCCGCCUGAGAGCACUGUACGAGCAGGAGGCCCGCUCCCUGAGAGCAGCUAUGGAUGAGGCCAGGGCAGAGCAGCAGGCUGUCCUGAGCCAGAGAGAGCGACUGGAGCAAACCCUGAGCGCCCUGCAGGGUCGAUAUGAAGAGGAAGUUCUGGCUCGUGAAGAGGCCGAGGGCAGGCUGAUGGAGACCCGACGUGAGGCCGACCAGGCUGCUUUAGCCAAGGCUGAACUGGAGAAGAGCAUCGAAACUCUUCUGCAGGAGCUGGCCUUCCUCAAGAGAAUUCAUGAAGGUGAGGUGGCCGAGCUGCAGUCCCAAGUCCAGCUGGGCGUCCAGGUGGCCGUCGAGUCUGAGGCCGCCGCUCCAGAUCUCUCCGGGGCUCUCCGGGAUAUUAGGUCCCAGUACGAGAGGCUGGCGGCCAGGAACAUGCAGGCAGCCGAGGAGUGGUUCAGAGGGAAGGUGGGUUCCCUGAGUGAAACUGUGGCCCAGCACAGUAACGCCGUGAAGAGCUCCAAGGACGAAGCAGGAGAGUACCGACGCCAGCUCCAGGCCCGGCUGCUGGAGAUCGACGCCUGCAGAGGCCUCAACGGAUCCCUGGAGAGACAGCUGCACGAGAUGGAGGAGAAGCAGAGUGCUGAGAUAACUUCCAUGCAGGACACCAUUGGACAUUUGGAAGGCGAGCUGAGGGGCACCAAGCAGGAAAUGGGCCGCUACCUGAAGGAUUACCAGGACCUUCUGAAUGUCAAGAUGGCGCUAGACAUCGAGAUUGCUGCAUACAGGAAGCUGCUGGAAGGUGAGGAGUCCCGCUUCAGUGGAGGAGGUGCCGGGGGUGUGUCCUCUUACUACGGCCACUCUUUGUCGGUGCCCUCCUACUCCCGGCCCCUCCUCUCCAGCAUGAGCUCUGGCCCCUCCUACCUGAUGACAUCCCGCCUGCUCAGCUCCAGCUUCAGCACCAGCGAGGGGAUCAUCUCCGCCAGCCACGCCAAGCAAGCUGAGGCCAGCCCACCUGGCGAGGAGGAGGAAGAGGAGGAGGAGGCCACAGAGGAGGAGGUAAAGGAGGAAGAGGAGGCAGAGGAGGAAGACAAGGGAGAAGAAGGAGGAGAGGAGAAAGAUGAGGAAAAAGAAGAGGGAGGAGAGGAGGAAGGAGAUCAAAAGAAAGAAGAUGAGGAGGAGGCUACAGAAGUAGAGGACGAGGCUAAGGGUGACAAAGAGGGCGGUGAAGAGGAGGAGGUGACCGACGCUGCUGAAGAAGAGGGGGAGACAAACAACAAAGAAGACGGAGAGGAGAGUGAAGUCAAGGAAGAAGCACAAGAGGAGGAAAAAGCCAACGGAGCCGAGGACAAAGAGCAGGAUGCAAAAGAAGAAAAAGAAGAGAAAGAAGAGAAAGAAGAGAAAGAAGAGAAAGAAGAGAAAGAAGAGAAAUCCGAUGCCAAGAAGGAAGAAAAAGCAGCUGCUCCCAAAACAGACGACAAAGCUGAAGUCAAAAAGGAAAAAGUGGCAGAAGAAAAGAGCACAAAGGAGAAGAAGUAA